CGAGUUCCAUGCUCUUUACUCACUGCACACCAGGCCGUAUGCCAAGAAAUGCCAUCGUUGGGAGAACCUUGCAGAUCUACUCAAUUAAGGUUGCAGAAAUACACGGCUUUGAGAGCCCCCUGAAGGUGUACGGUGUGGUUGCUGCCCGAGACACAGUGGACAGCAGUCGUAACCCAAUCUUCCUUCGUCCAAGAAAUGGCUGUCAAAUCCUCAAUCUGCAGGAGCCCUUUCUACACUUAACUGGCCCAUGUCGGGCAAUUGUGUCUAUGAACCCUGUUGACAUUGAGAUAGAGCUGAAACUAAAGGGGGCAACCAAGUCCGAGGACAGGAUAUUGAUCAGCAAAGUCUAUCACUACAAUGGUGAAAGGUUAGGUACAUAUCUCGUCGGCGACAUGCAUUGUGGGAUAGAAUUAUGCUUUCAGCAACUUGAGCAGUCCAUUCAGGCCACAAUCUCGCGUGUUCGGAUUGUUGAAAGGGACUCAGCGCCUUUUCCGCAUGGUGGCUGAGUUGCGUGCUUCUCGCUACCUCACGAGCAAUCCGAAGAAAUUGUGCUGCUUGACACAAAAGGUGGGAAAAUGCCAAUGGGGAAACACCGUUGUUUUGAGCUGUCCAGAAAGGUUGUCUCUGUAGAAUUAGAAGGGAAGCUCAAAGUUAUGAUUCAAGCAUAUGCACCAUCUGGUGAAAUCACCGGCGGUCAUGUCCUCUUCACACCACAAAAGUGCGGCGCAACUAAAGGUAUCUGUCAUCUUGGUGAAACUGCGGUGGAGGUUACCGUUGCUUGGUCGCUCCUCCCCUCGCCGAAGGAGACCUUACCAUGUCCAUUGCCUGUAGACAGGAUUUGUUAGGAGAUGGCUAUAUUUUGAAUGAUUAUGUGUGCACUUUGACUUGUGCAUUUAAUCUUUGUGUGGAAAGUUGGUGCUUCGAUGGUGUACUAAUUAUUUGUGAAAGCUAAGAUAUUGUA